AGCCAUCUAGAAAACUUGGGAUUUCUAAAAAGUCUUCAUAUCUGGAAUCGAACACGUAGGUGCCCACUUUCCAGAGGCAAUGAAACUGUUAGUACAGAAAGGAGGGAUGUUUAGACAAGGAGGUCCACGGUCUCAUGGAAUCUGGAAACAAUCAGGAGAGGGAAGUUGAGUAAUGACGGGGAAGUUGCUGUUCUGCAGCCAGGAAAGCCAUGCCUUGAGAGAACGCUGGAGGAAGUGGACUUGUUCACAGCCGAUUGUUCAAAGGAGACAGUUGGUUACGGGACAGAAGUGCCUGCCCUGGAGCUAUGGUCCACGCCUUCCUCAUCCACAACUUGCGGGCUCCGCAGGCCCAGGACACGGGCCUUUGCCGAGUGCUCUACUCCUGCGUCUUUGGUGCCGAGAAUUCACCUGAUGACCCACGGCCACAUGGUGCUGAGAGGGACAGGCUCCUUCGAAAGGAGCAGAUUUUGGCUGUGGCCAGGCAGGUGGAAUCCAUGUGCCAGCUUCAGCAGCAGGCAUCUGGCCGGACCUCCAUGGACCUGCAGCUUCAGUCCUCAGAUGAGCCAGUGCCCCUGCAUGAGGCCCCACAUGGGGCCUUCCGCCUGGCAGCAGGGGACCCUUUCCAGGAGCCUCGGACAGUGGUGUGGCUGGGUGUGCUCUCAUUAGGCUUCGCCCUGGUGCUGGAUGCCCAUGAGAACCUGCUGCUGGCUGAGAGCACACUCCGGCUGCUGGCACGCCUCCUUCUGGAUCACCUCCGGCUGCUUACCCCCAGCACCAACCUCUUGCUUAGGGCUGAUCGCAUCGAGGGCAUCCUUGCCCGCUUCCUGCCCCAUGGUCAACUGCUCUUCCUCAAUGACCAGUUUGUCCAGGGUCUGGAGAAGGAACUCAGUGCUUCCUGGCCCCGCUGACCCCUCACUGGGAAGGGGCUUCCUGAGGGGCAGGGAAGGAGGACAGGGAUGGAUGGACACACAGCCAGGUGAAUCUUGGCAUUGGCCUCCUUCCCAGCCUGCUCCCAGCUCUGCUGUGCUACCACAUCCAGGACAAGUGGACGGGACAAGCUGGCAGAAAAGAGGGCUGGGCAAAGGGUGGUGAGGAGGAAUCCUGGAACAUCCUGUGCCUGGAGCUGCCAUGUGACUCAUUUAGACUGCAUAGUGGACCAGUCUCACCUGUCCUUGACCCCAGUUUCUCCCAUCCCCGGCAGCCAGCCCCCAAAACAGUCCACCAGUUGCUAGUGUUGGAGCAUGAGGAGUGGAACUCAGCCCACUUUCUCCUUCCAAACCCAUAGUCCUCACAGUGCAAAAGGAACCUGAGACUCCCAGGGUGGGGGAGCUGGUUGCUGUAUUUGCACUCACUUAGGCAACAUUACCAACAAGGAUUUUGUCAGUGAGGACCUGCUCAGUGUCCAGCCCCACCACAGUUCACAAAUGUGUCUGUCGUUCAUUCAGCAGGGGAAUUCUGUAGCUCUCUUUGGGCCCAUCCCUUGCCCACCAGGCAACUUCAAGAUGAUGCUAGGUUUCCUUUGUCUUCAGGGAGAGAAGAUACCAUCAGAUGGGUGCAAGAAGUCUAGCCAGGAUGAAGUUGUCUUUCUUGUUUUGAAUUAAAAGCACUGAUUGUGUGAUUUCAUUCUUUGUUUCUGUAAGUUUGGAUAAUGUAUAUUUGCUCUUAUGAGUACGUGUCUCUUUGGCACUGAGCUGGGUAUCUGAGCUUUCAUGAUCAAAGAUGCCCCCAAGAAGCAUCUUGGGAGGUCUCCAGCUCUUGUGCCCCAUAUCACCCCUGUAGCCUUAUGGGCCUCCUUUGGGUGGUAGUACUUGUUUUCUGUACCAAAAUGUGGCAGGUUGGUGUGGAUCUCUGAGAAGCAGAGCCUGAGACGAGGAUUAGAGGAUUAGUUACAAGUCGCUUACAUGGGAGGUGAUUCCAGGAAGUACUGGAAGGGAAGGCAGCCCAUACAGGUACAUUAUCUAGGGUGGGUUGGGAGCUUAGUGCCUUUGGGGGCCUGUAACACAACAGUCACUUUUGAGUGACCUUGCUUCAAGGGUGAGGGACUAAGAAUGUUUGCCAUUCUCUUCAGUCAGUGGUUUUGAGUUGGUCUUAAGACAAAUUACCUGGCUCUUUCUGCCCCCAGAAAAAGGCAUUGUGGUGCUGGGCCUGGCUGCAUGAUGGUCAAACCCAAAAGGAUAUGGGUGCGGCACCAAACUCCUGUUAUGAGUCUUUAACCAGCAGCUCCUUGUGGUGGCUUAAAAUGAUUCAAUUGGGGGCGCCGUCUGUUAAGCACCUGACACUUGGUUUCAACUUAGGUCAUUAUCUCAUGGUUCGUGAGCCCCAAGUCGGCCUUCUUGGGAUUCUCUCUCUCCCACUCUGUCCCUCCCCUAUUUGUGUGUGCAUGCAUGCACUCUCUAUCUCAAAUAAGUAAACGUUAAAAAAAAAAAAACUGGAAAAAAAAUUUCCUUAUUCUUUAUUGUCAGUACCACACUGUCUUGAUUACUGUUGCUUUAGAUAGUAGUAAGUCUUCAAGGCAGAUAGUGUCAGUCCUCCAGCUUUGUUCUUCAAUAAUGAGUUGGCUAGGGGUACCUGGAUGGCUCAGUCAGUUAAGCAUCCUGACUUCAGCUCAAGUCGUGAUCUCAUAGUUCAUAAAU